AUGUCUGCAAUGAAGCGGAAGGCUCCCGACUCGAGGGAGCAAGCAUGCAUGCUGUGUGGCCGGGUAGAUGCUGGCCUGAACAUCUGCGGCCACAGGCACCUAAGGAAUGGGAUCUGUGCCCACACUUUUUGUCUGUUUCUUGCGAAUGGCCUGUAUCAGUGUGGAAACAUAGCGCAGGGAAUUUGGGGAUUUUUACCAAUGGAUAUACAGCGCACAAUCAAGCAGGCGUCCCAGAAGCAAUGCUUUGUUUGUGGCGAGCGAGGGGCCACCAUCACCUGCGUGGAGACGGGCUGUGAACGCAGCUUCCAUCUCCCCUGCGCCUCGGAGGGAGAAUGUGUCACCCAGUUCUUUGGGAUGUACAGGUCCUUCUGCUGGGAGCACCGCCCUCGGCAGGCAGUGCAGGCAGCUCCAGAGCAGGACACCACCUGUGUCAUCUGCAUGGACCCUGUGGGGGACAGCACGUCCUACCACACCAUGCUGUGCCCAGCCUGCAGGCACGCCUGGUUCCACCGGGGCUGCAUCCAGGGACAAGCCAUGUGCGCAGGCAUUCUCUGCUUCCAGUGCCCCAUCUGCAGGAACAAGGUGCAGUUCUGUUCUGAAAUGUCCAUCAUGGGGAUCCAAAUCCCAUCCAGAGGACCAGCCUGGGAGAACGAGAACGCCUUUGCAUCACUGCAAGAGAGGCACCAGCGCUGCGAUGUCAGCGAAUGCCUUUGCCCACAUGGCAGGGAGCAGGCACGGGGACAGGGGCCCUGGCAGCUGCUCCUGUGCCGCUCCUGUGCUGCCGAAGGCACCCACCGGCGCUGCUCCAGCUUGGCCAACAGCGCAGACACGUGGGAGUGCGACAGCUGCGCUGGCGUGGGCACCG